GACUAAGGGGAGCGAGGGGAAGAGGGAGAGGAGGGAGAGAGAGAGAGAGCAAGACCAAGGAAGGUUGAGAUCUGUAACAUCUACUAUCCUCACCAGCUUGAAGAAGCAGCUUGCUAUCAGAAGGAUAAGUUCCCUUCAACCUCAUCGUCAUCCCGUCAUCCCCUUCAUCGCAUCAUCGGUGUCGCCAUGAGUCUUGCAAGGGCUGGAUCGUGCAUCUUUCUGGGAGGCUUCUACUGCUUGGCAAGCACCGCCCACUUCCCGCAGACCUCAUCACCAUCCACCUUCGAGAACUACUGCAAGAUCGUACCCCCCUACAUCCCUGGCAGCGCAGCCUUCCACGUGCUCUGGACUGGCGUCGCCGAGCUGGCGCUGGGAGGAUGGCUGGCAACAUCUUUCUCCCCUCUAGCAGCGCGGUCGCUCUUCUGGCUGACAAUCCUGAUGACUCCUGCUAACGUCUACAUGUUCUCCCAUGACGUCCCCCUAGGCAACGUGCGGCUCAGCUACGGGCUGACAGGCACGCACAUGCUCAGAGCGUCUGCUCAGAUCCUCCUGCUCUCUUGGCUCUUCUGGCUCUCCAAGACGCCGGCGCAUGCCCGCCAGGAUUGACGGCGAUGUCGUGUAGGAGAGGGUAGCAUAGCGCUGCAACAAGGAAACUAAAGACGAUUGAAAGGGAAGAUUGUUGUAUC